AUGCCCCUAAAAAUCAUCAAAUCCAAGUCCCCAAAAAUCGUGCUUUUCUACCAGGCCUCCUGUCCAUUUUCCAAUUUUCACCCCGCCCAUUUUUCCAUUAAAAUCAAUGGAAAUUUGGUAAAUUUCAGCUGCAGUGAGCAGUAUUUUAUGCAUCAGAAGGCGUUGCUAGCUAAAGAUCCAGAAGGAGCAGAGGAGAUUCUGAAAAUGACGAAGCCAUUGUUGAUGAAAAGAGCCGGAAGGAGUCUGGAAAUGACACCAGAAAUGCUGGAAGAGUGGUCCUCAAUAUCUGAAAAUGUCAUGUACGAUGGAUGUCUUUUGAAGUUUUCACAAAACGAGGAUUUGAAAUUGGCGCUUCUUCGGACACGUGGCAUGCUGCUGGCGGAGGCAUCGGCGAGAGAUAGGUUGUGGGGAAUUGGCCUCGGCGUCACCGACAAACGAGCGGAAGACAUGAAGCAGUGGAAAGGGGCCAAUAAAUUGGGAAAAGUUCUCGAAAAAGUUCGAGAAGAGAUUUGGCAAAAAUCAAGUGAAGAACUUCGGAAAUUUCUGAAAAAUGAGGAUAUGGAGAAGCGAUUUGAGAAUUUGGAGCAGCUUGGAUAA